AUGGCUCCCUCAAUCGAUGACGUUGCCCAUAGCCAGGUCCAGGCAUUCCCUGCCUGCAAGGUUGGAAUCAAUGGCUUCGGUCGUAUCGGUCGCAACGUGCUCCGCGCAGCCCUAGUCCGCUCCGACAUCCAAGUCGUCGCAAUCAACCACACAUGCGUCACUGUCGAAGACCUCAUUUACCUUGUCCGCUACGACUCCUCAAUGGGCAGUCUGGACGAGAAGACCCCUAUUCACGCCCUCUCCGAUAACCUCAUCUCAAUCAACGGCAAGCACAUCGCCCUCACAUCCGAACGGGACCUGAAGAAGCUCAACUGGGCCGCCCUGGGAGUCGACUACGUCCUUGAAUGCACAGGCAAAUUCACCAAGCGUGAUCUCGCCCUCGACCAUGUCACUCACGGCCAGGCCAAGCGUGUCCUCAUCUCUGCUCCUAGCUCCGACUCGCCUACCUUUGUCUACGGUGUCAACGAGGACUCCUAUACUCCCAAUGAAGAAUGCCGCGUUGUGUCAAACGCUAGCUGCACUACCAACUGUGUGACUCCUGUCUUGAAGGUUCUUGAUGCAUCUUUCGGCCUUACACAAGGCUUCUUGACUACUAUCCAUGCCGCAACGAGGUCACAGCAAGUCUUGGAUGGAUAUAGCAAGAAGAACAAGCGACUGGGUCGUGGUGUCUUCAAUAACAUUAUCCCCACAACCACUGGUGCAGCCAAGGCUGUCGCUGCCGUUCUCCCCGGCUUGAAGGGCAAGGUGACUGGUGUCUCGAUCCGUGUCCCAACCCCCAACGUCUCAAUGAUCGAUCUUACAUUCAGCACCGAGAAGCCAACCUCGCUGGCCGAGGUCAUCUCCGCCUUCCGACGAGCUUCCAAGAUGGAGAUGGCCGGCGUUCUCAAGGUUGCCGACGACGAGCUGGUCAGCAGUGACUACAAUGGCAGUCCCUUCAGCGCCAUCAUCGAUGCCCCUUCAUGCAUGGAAUUGAACCCUCAGUUCUUCAAGAUCAUGGCAUGGUAUGAUAACGAAUGGGGAUACUCUAACCGUUUGUUGGAUUUGACCACUUAUGUGCAUGCCCAGGAGGUUGUUUGA